UCGGCGCUGCGGACGGCGGUCAGCUGGUUGCCGGGUGGUGGCUACUCUAGUCUCUUUACCUCUCUCAGUCCAUCCUCUCUUCCUGGGACCCCUCUGUUCAGAAGCUGAGCAGCCAUGACCUUUGCUGAGGACAAGACCUAUAAGUAUAUCUGCCGCCAUCACAGCGAUUUUUGCCGGGUUGAUGUUCUAGAGAUUCUGCCUUACCUGCCCUGCCUUACAGCCAGCGACCAGGACCGACUGCGGGCCUCCUACACGCGCCUGGGGAACCGGGACACACUCUGGGAGCUCUUCAACAACCUCCAGCGGCGGCCAGGCUGGGUGGACUUCUUCAUUGGGGCAUUGAGGUCCUGUGAGCUGCCUGGGCUCGCUGAACAAGUGGCUGGAGUCUACCAGAGCUAUCUACCUCGUGGAACCCCACCCAACUCCUCUAACCCAUUGGAAGUGAUGCCAGCAAUUUCUGCCGAGGGUCCAGAAGCCUCUGCACCUGCUACUGUCCACAGCAUCCCUCACAAUGGCUAUCGAGGGGAACCAAGCUAUCCCAGGCCUAUCCAGGACACCCAGCCACCAGAGUCCCCAGAAGAGAGUUCAGAGCAGGCCCAUGGUCCUGGGGAUGUCCAGAGGACAUCCAGUGGCUCCUUGAAGCCCUCAUCUAACCUGCCAGUCCUCAGCCCUCUGACCUCCAGCAGGCAUCAGGAGCAGGACCCAGUACUGGGCAGCACUCACAUAGCAGGUGCUGUCUCCAGCCCCACAUCACCCCGCGGGCCUGUGUCUCCAACUGUCUCCUUCCAGCCCCUGGUCCGUUCUACUUCCAGGGCAAGCCACUUGCCUGGACUAGCAGGGUCAGCUAUGUCUGUUGGCUCCUCCUCCCCUUCCUCCACUGGCUUAGCUUCUACAAAGGGAGCUGGUGAUCAUGCUAAGGCUACCAUUUGCCCGAGCGAUGCAGAGGUACCCGCCAACUCUAUGACUACCAACUCAGCACCUUCUCCCACCACCCUGAUGCCUACCAAAGUGCCUGCCAACACAGCACUUGUCAGCACAGUGCCUUCCAAGUUGCCCACCAACUCAAAGCCCCCUGGUGCAAUGCUUCCUACUGUGCUUACCAAUCCAGCACCAUCCAAAUUGCCCAUCAAUGCAACACGUGCUGGCACAAUGCCAUCCAGAGUGCCCACUGGCAUGGGGUCCUCCAGGGUGCCUGCCACCACAUUGCCCUCCAACAGGAGCAGCAGCAGAACCAAGGACACCCCAGAAGCUCCAGCACCCAGAACUGCCUUUGGAGGCAGCUCGCCCUGGCCAUGCAGGAGCUCUGGGCCAGAGCUGAGCAAGCCUGGUGUGCUGGUAUCCCAACUGGAUAGUCCAUUCUCAGGCUGUUCCGAGGACCUUGCCAUCAGCCCCAGCAACUCCCUGGGCUCAGAGCCUGGCCAUACCCCCAAACCUGGCCACAACCUGGAGCCCGACCAUAGUCCAGAGGAAAACGAGUAUGUGUCCUUUGCAAUUCAUGUGGCUGAGGACCCCAGCACUGACCUCCAGGAAGAAAACGCUGUGCUGCUAACCACUGCACAGCCCGAGGAAGGGGAGGUGCAGUGCGUGAAUGCUGUGUCCUGGGGUACAUGGCUUGGGGUGGCUGGGGCUGCCUUCGCACUCCUGACUGCACUCAUGGUGGUGCGGCGACAUCUGCUCCAGUGAAGCCUCAGUCCUGUACCUGGUGCCAGUAAACUGCUGUGAUCAGCCAUGCACUUUCUCCUGGGUGGGCUGGCCAGGGGCUGAGUUAGAGGGGAGCUCAGGGACUUUGGGUUUGGUGGGGGCCUCACCCAGUCCUGGCAGCAGUUCUGUUUUAGCUCAUGCCCUCUGCUUGUCCCUUACCAUCCUCGACUUUCUGGGCUCUGGAUUGCUCACAGUGCUUCUGAUCUGCCCACCUGGCAGAGUGAAUUGUCACUGGAGGUGCUCCUGAGGAGGCGCCCUGACCAGGCCUCAACCCUGUUUGCCAAGACUGCAGAUCAGGAGGUACCAUUGGAGAGCACUCCAGGUUGGCAAUGCCCCUCAUCCUACCCAGGUCCCGUGAGGCCAGAGUGCAGGAGUGCUGGGUGGGGGACCCCACAAGACCUUCCUUCUACCUUGCAGUCCAGCCUGAGGCUUUGGCAUUGGAGCUGGGGGAGCAACAGGGUGGCUGGUCUCUGGGGAGCCAGCUGCUUUGAGUCCCUUGCCCUCCUCAUCCCUUCCACUGCCAGGCAACCCUUGGGGGAGGUCCACAGAAGUUUCUGGCAGACCCCCAAGGAAGCCAGAAGCAGAUGGCAGACCCAAGGAAGACCUCUGGAACACCCUCUAGCCUCCUCACUCCUGCCUCCUCUCCCUCCCUCCUGGUCUCCAUUCUCUCUGGCUCCUUUGGUUGGGGAAGGGACACCUAGUGGGUAGAGCUCAGGCUGGGUUUGGAUUUCAGCUCCACCCUUUUUGGGCUGGCCUAAUUUCUCCACCUGGGCAGUGACUCUAACUUCCUUCAUUGGGUUCUUUUGAGAUUGAAGCAUACAGGUGUUUGCCAAGUGCCUGGCUCAGAGAGGCCACUUCUCUCCUUUCCAGUCCUGUCAAGCUGAUAGUUUGAGAGGUAGAGCACAAGUGACGAGGGUGCACUUUGCAGGGAGGGCAGUCUUGACCUGCAUCUUGCUCUUCUCACUAGCUCUGUGAUCUCGGGCAAGGUAUUAACCUUUCUGUGCCUCAUUUUUCUCACUUGUUAAAUGGGGUUGAGUGUGUGUGUGUGUGUGUGUGUGUGUGUGUGUGUGUGUCUGUCUGUCUGUCUGUCUUGUCAUGAGGAUUAAAUGAGUUUGUCUGUGUAAAUCUUACAGUGAGUCCUGGCAUUUACUAAGGGUUGGAUAUAUAUUGUUACUAUCACUACUAAGUGGGGAGGUGCUGGAGCUUUUGGCUACACCUAGUAGCCUUUAGAGGUCAAACUGCACCCUGCUGCCUCCCCCUCCUUUUGUUUGCCUCUUAUUACUGCCUGUGUUUUGGAGAGUUAUUGGGGAAGGAGGCAUGUCCACUGGACAACUGUGCAGGAUAGGGCUAGUGUUCCAUCAGUUAGGUGUGCUCUCUGCACCUCCAUCCACAGGAAGACUGCUACAUUUACAUCAUAAACAUGGUGGGGUGCAUUCAGGGUGUGCUUGUGGGUUCUUUUCAGGUGGUCUUUGCUUGGCAAGGGGUAAGCACAGGACCUAUCUUCAUUCUGGGCUUUGCAGAGACAAGAACUAGAGCCCUUGGUGACUUGAGGAGUGGGGCUUACUGUGUCCCCCGCCAAAGUUAUCAGCCUAUAGGGAAGCUUUCCCUUGCACUGCCCUAAAGGACUUCAGUGGCCCAAUGACCUCUACUUCCGAACUUCAACCCACACUCCAAACUCCACAACCUGCAUCCAGAAGUGAUGUGUCUUCAAACUGUCUGCACCACUUCUCAUCCACCCUUGCUCCUAACCAACCCUUUGCUCCCCGCACCAACCCAGGUACCAGGCCCGCUGGGUCAGUGAAUCAUUCAUGCAUGGGUACUAGUUUUAAUGUAUAACCUUCCCAACAUAGCUUUGAAAAAAUGUAUCUCAAGAAUGCAAUGUGAAGCCGGGUGCGGUGGCUCAUGCCUGUAAUCCUAGCUACUCAGGAGGCAGAGAUCAGGAGGAUCGCGGUUCGAAGCCAACCCAGGCAAAUAGUUCUUGAGACUCU